CUGAAAAAGCCAUGGAGAGAACAACAUAUGGACUGUCAGAUCUUGACAAGGGAGGUCUCACGAAGAGUGUGCAAUUUGUGUUGUUUUAUGCCCUGCCAGCCACUACUGACCUUCAGAAGGUGAUCUCCUCCUUAUUGGCAGGAGUAGAAAAUGCCACACAUCACUUGCCUUUGAUGGCAGGGAAUCUCCAGUUCGUUGAGUCUGGAAAGCUCGCCAUUUUGAGCCCCCCAGGCAGCUCAAUCGACGUCAAGAUAUGCCGGUUGGAAGACAGUCAGUCCUUCUCGGCCCUGGCCAAGGACUUGUUCUCCCCCAACGAUCUAGACCUCUCUCCAUUUCUACCCAGUGAAGCAUCACCAGGCAAGCCGUCCCCGGUAUGCCUGAUUCAGCUGAGUCUCAUUGAGGGGGGUAUCCUCAUGGGCCUGAGAGUGAGCCAUGCCGCCGCCGACUGGACCUCCCUCGACACAUUUCUCACUCUCAUCUGUCAAGGCAGCCAGGCCUUCCAUCACCAGAAGGCCAUGCCCCCCAGCCCCCUAGACCUCGCCCGGGACCUCAAUAGGGCCCCUUAUAACACUCCGGCACCAGACCCGGCCUUCUCACAACAAGACCGACUCGCCCAUCUACCGCUAUUCCAUAUCAUGGAGAAGAGCCAGUUCCAAUUCAAACCACCCCCUGUGACGCGCGCCGGCAUCUACCGCAUUUCAGAGCCCACCAUCCAGCAACUCAAGACUCAAUGCAGCCCCCAUCUAGAUCAGGUGGACUACAUUACCUCCUACGACUGCAUCGCCGCACUGAUCUGGACAGCCCUGACCCGGGCCCGUCUGCGCGUCCGCCCCGGCCAGGAAAACGCUGUAUCCCGCUUUGUCCACCCGAUUGACGUCCGCUCUCGCGACCCAGAGCACAGAACCUCGCCCCGGUACUUUGGCAACGCCGUGAUCGGCUCCCUGGCGGGGCCUGUCCCUGCCCACGUCCUUGCCACGCCGGGGGUCCGCGGCCUGGCCGCUGCAGCCACGCAGAUCCGCCAGUCCAUCCACGCCGUCGACGUGUCUACAAUCGGGCACUUUACCGCGCUACAGGCCUCGCUAUCAGACACGCAGAUGCUUCUCCCGAACGCCGACUUUGCUGACAUGGAUCUCUUCAUGAACACCUGGGCUACAGGGAACGCGGCCAAAUACGAGCUUGGGUCGGUGGGGAGGCCUGUGGCUUUCCGGGUCAAGGUCGACAUGCCGGCCGCGUGUGCGAUGAUCCUGCCUGAUCUCUCUGGGGAUGAGGCAAGAGUGUUUGAUAUUCUUGUGCAGGCACCAAUGCCAGAGUAUCAAGUGCUAACAAGGGAUCCACAGUUUUUGAGGUAUUUUGAGCCUGUGGUAUAGUGAAUAUAAUUACAUAUAUAGUAAGUGUGAUGAUGAGGUAUACUGAUGAUUUAAAUGCCA